AUGACAACGUCACUGCUGCUCCGUCCUCGCUGGGUCGACCCGUCGGUGAUGUUCCUCUACGACAACGGCGGAGGUUCCGAUGAAGUGAGCAAGAACAUGGAGGGUUUUGCUGGUGGCAACUUUGCUGCGAACCAGUGCAGGAAUCUGAUGGCGCACCCCGCGUCCCUGGCACCCAGCACGGCUUACUCCUCCAGCGACGUGCCCACCUCUGGUAUGGGCGAGCCAGUCAAACAGUGCAGCCCUUGCUCUGCAGCUCAGAAUUCAUCCAGCGCGUCCCUGCCAUAUGGGUACUUCGGUAGCAGUUAUUACCCGUGCAGAAUGUCGCAUCACAGCAGCAUAAAAUCGUGCGGAGCGCAGCCCCCCUCCGCGUAUGGAGAAAAAUACAUGGACACGUCCGCCUCGGGCGACGACUUCACCUCUCGGGCAAAGGAAUUCGCUUUUUAUCCGACCUACCCUUCAGGCCCAUACCAACCUGUUCCCAGUUACCUGGACGUUCCUGUGGUGCCAACUAUCAGUGCCCCGUCAGAAGCCAGACAUGACUCCCUGUUGCCUAUGGAGAGCUACCAACCAUGGACUCUCGCCGCCAACGGCUGGAACAGCCAGGUUUACUGCGCAAAGGAGCAGCCCCAGCCUGGACACAUGUGGAAGUCCUCCAUACCAGACGCAGUGUCUCACGCCGGUGGAGACUCCGGCUCUUAUCGACGUGGAAGAAAGAAACGCGUGCCAUACACCAAGGUGCAACUGAAGGAACUCGAGCGCGAGUACGCCGCCAAUAAAUUUAUCACGAAGGACAAAAGGAGGAGGAUAUCUGCCCAGACCAACCUGUCCGAGAGGCAGGUCACAAUAUGGUUUCAAAACAGACGCGUAAAGGAGAAGAAAAUUGUCAACAAAUUGAAAACCAUCAGCUAGUUUUUUUUUUUUUUUUUUUUUUUUUUUUUUAAACGGACAAUAUCUGUUGGAGAUAAAACUUCUACUACUA